GGCGCCCGCCAGUGCCGUGCCGAGCGUGUCGCAACCCGCAUGCCGCUGCCGCUGCGCGAGCCGCACCAAGAAGUGAUAAAAACUUGACUGAAUAGUGUUAUUAAGCUGUGAUAUCGUAACUUACUCUAAAGUUUUAACAAUUUAUAUGAAAGUGUAUCCAGUUUUAGUUAAAUAAACCGAUACAGUGACUUGUGACUGGUGUAAAUAGUGAGUGUCACGUGUGUUUACGAAUGAAUGUGACGGCGUAGGCGCAACGGCGGGUCGCACUCUGUGAGAUAUUCGUGCUCGCGCAGGUCGUCGCGGCCAUGUUGCAUACCUGAAGCGAGCGAGCGCGCGACACUGCGCGAACGGGACACAGUAAGAGUUUCAGUUGCGGUAACUUUCGCUGGAGGAGAGCUGUGCAAUGUCAGCGACGUCAUGACCGGCAUGGGGCGGUGGCACGUGGUGUUGACCGCGCUGGCGCUGCUCACCGGCGCGGGCGCUGGCGCCGCCGCCGAACAGAUGCAGUCUCGCGCCGUGGACACCGGUGUCGACCUUCGCGUGCCUGAGGCCCAACCUAUCGGAACGUUCGUCGGAAAGAUUCCAAUUAAACCUGGCUUCACCUACCGUUUUAAUGAACCCCCAAAAGAGUUCUCCCUGGAUCCGGUCACCGGCGAGAUAAAAACUAAUGUGAUUCUGGACCGUGAAAGUGUGGAUCGUUAUGCGUUUGUCGUUUUAUCGAGUCAACCUACAUAUCCUAUCGAAGUUCGCCUUCGUGUGACGGAUGUCAAUGACAACUUUCCUGAGUUUCCUGAGCCGAUCAUAGCUGUUGCUUUUUCCGAAAGUGCGGCUGCAGGAACUAAGUUGUUAUUAGACGCUGCGACUGAUAUGGAUUUAGGCGAAAAUGGAAUAACUAACGAUUAUAGAAUCGUUGAUGGUGACAAUGAAGGAAAAUUUCGUUUAAAUGUGACUGUUAAUCCAAGCGGGCAAACAUCCUACUUACAUUUGGAAACUACGGGGAAGUUGGAUAGAGAAACAAAUGAUUUUUAUGUCUUAAACAUUUCAGCCCGGGAUGGUGGAAGUCCGCCGAAGUAUGGGUACCUUCAAGUAAACGUUUCUAUUUUAGAUGUAAAUGACAACCCGCCAAUAUUUGAUCAAAGUGAUUUUUCUGUAUCUCUAAACGAAAGUGUGCCACCUGGUACUACAGUUUUAAAAGUUACUGCAACAGAUAGUGAUUUGGGUGACAACAGUAAAAUUACUUAUGAAGUUACUGAUACUGAAAAACAAUUCGCUGUGGAUCCUGAAUCAGGAGUAAUUACUACUAUAAAAAAGUUAAAUUGUCCAAAGUAUUGCAGUAAUACGACAUGUAAUAUGACCUGUGUUUUGACUGUCAUAGCAAAAGACCACGGGGUACCACGACAAGAUGCACGAACGUAUGUCACAGUUAAUCUUAUUGAUGCAAAUGAUCACGACCCAGUUAUUACUUUUACUUAUGUACCACCGACGGCAAAUUUUGCCACAGUCGAUGAGAACGCCAAGAACGGUUCUUUAGUUGCUGCUAUAACUGUAACUGAUUUGGAUGCAGGAUUAAAUGGUAUUACUAGUGUAAGAAUUGUAUCUGGAAAUGAACUUUUUCAUUUUCGUCUAGAAAACUCUAGUAGUGUUUACAUUGUCCAUGUUAACGGUAUUUUAGAUAGGGAAGAAAUAAGUAAAUACAAUUUGACUGUUGUUGCUACUGAUCAAGGUGUUCCUCCGCGUACAGCCACCGCCUUCCUUGUGAUCCACGUAAAUGAUGUGAAUGAUCACGAACCUGUAUUCGAAAAAUCCGAGUAUUCAACAGUAUUAAGCGAAUUUGCUCCAUCGGGUACUUAUGUGGCUGGUAUUACAGCGUCUGAUGAAGAUUCGGGUGUUAAUGCUGAAAUUUUUUACGACUUUUAUGAUGGAAAUCAACAGCAAUGGUUUUCAAUAGAUCAUCUGACAGGCUUAGUAACAACAAAGUCUAUUUUAGAUAGAGAAAUUCAAGGAACUGUGGAAUUGAACGUAUCUGCCAGAGACGGUGGCCCUAACCCUAAAUGGGCAUAUACUCGACUUAAAGUAACAAUAUUAGAUGAAAAUGAUGAAGCACCAACUUUUCCACAAUCUCAGAUAAAUGCGACCUUGGCUGAAAAUAUAAAACCUAUAAAAGAAAUACUUAUACUAACUGCAUCCGAUUAUGACCAAGGAACGAAUGGUUCUGUUUCUUAUUAUUUGUCCUCAAAUGUUGAAAGAAAAUAUCCCAAUACUUUUAUAUUGGAUGCUAUUACUGGGCAGUUAAGUGCGGCUAUUGAAUUUGACAGAGAGAAAAUACCUAUGUAUGAGAUUCACGUAGUUGCUAAGGAUCAAGGGUAUCCACCUCAGUCUUCAACGGCUACAGUAUUUCUCAAAGUUCUGGAUGUCAAUGAUAAUGAUCCAAUGUUUUAUCCUAAAAGAUAUUUUAAAGCUAUAAGAGAAGACACAAAUCCCGGAUCAGCGAUAAUUCAAGUAAAUGCUCUGGACUUAGAUGAGGGAGAAAAUGCUAAGAUUGUGUACAAGCUUGAAAGUGGUGGAGAUGGAUAUUUUGAUAUAGAGCCUGCCACAGGGCGUAUCAUUUUACAAAAAGAUUUUCGUAAGGCUCCUAAAGCAUUGUACUCUUUAAGAGUAUCUUGCAAAGAUAAAGGAAACAAGAGAGCUAUGGACGAUGCUAUCGUUGAAAUAAUAAAGGCUUCUCAGCGUAAAAAUCUAGAGUUUGAAGGAUAUAAUGGCUAUAAUUUUAAAAUAGUGGAGGAUGAAGGAACGUUGAAAGCGCAGCUUGGACGAUUUGUAGGAAAAGUUAGUACUAGAAUAGUAAAUGACAUGAUUUCCUAUUAUAUAAUAGAAGGUGACCAAAAACAUGUAUUUAAAAUAGAUGAAAAAAGUGGAGUUAUUACAACGCAAUCAAAUAUUGACCGUGAAGAUAAAAUGACUUAUAAUCUUAAAAUUAUGGCUAAAAGCGGCCAAUCCUUUGGCUUCACGACGGUAAAUAUUUCAAUAUUAGAUAUAAAUGAUAAUUAUCCGGUUUUCAUAGAAGGAAGAGACGAAAUAUUUAUACCUGAAAAUAUGGCUGUUGGGCAAGAAGUUUAUUUUGCUAGAGCUACAGAUCGAGAUUCAGGUUCAAACCGGACAGUUUCAUAUAGUUUAAGCUAUAACAUUGAUAAUAGUUUUCGAAUAUCAGAAACAACAGGCGUAAUUUAUUUGAACAAAGCAAUAACAAGCGAGCCAGGCUCAGUAUUACAGAUCGAAGUUACUGCUGCGGAUAAUGGAAGACCAGUUCUUUCUACUAAACAUACAAUAUCAGCCAUAAUAAAAGAUGUUAAUGAUCACACGCCAGUAUUUGACCAUACUUCUUAUGAAACUUCACUUUUAGAAUCAACCGUUGUUAAUACGAGAUUUUUCGCUAUAUCGGCUUCAGAUGCAGAUUUAGGACUCAAUGGUAGAAUAUCAUACACAAUUACUGAAGGUAAUAUGGAUGGUAAAUUUGGUGUAUUCCCUGAUGGCUACCUUUAUGUAAGAAGUUCACUUGAUAGAGAAGAAAAAGAUUAUUAUUCACUAACAAUAAUUGCCUCUGAUCAUGGCAAACCUCCAAGAUCAUCACAAGUUCCAGUUGUGAUUCACGUUUUGGAUGAAAAUGACAAUAGUCCACAAUUUACUAAUACAACGUUUAUAUUCAAGAUUAAAGAAAAUGAACCAGCUGAUACAUUCGUGGGAAAACUAACAGCUUCAGAUAAAGAUAUAGGACGAAAUGCAGAGUUGACUUUUAGUUUACCAAUAGUUCAAAACGAAUUUAGGAUUGAUUCAAGAAACGGAUUUAUUAGAACACUAAAAACUUUUGACCGAGAAAGCUUAGCACAAACUACUGGACAAAAUUAUAUUACACUGACUGUUACAGUCAGUGAUAAUGGAAAAGUUAAGUUGUCUGAUUCCGUUCGUGUCACCAUAUAUAUUACAGACGUAAAUGAUAAUGCUCCAGUUUUUACCAGGACACCGUAUUCAGUGGAUGUUUCUGAAGGGGCUGUUGUAGGGGCUUCAAUUAUGAGGGUAUAUUCUACCGAUGCUGAUGAAGGCCUCAAUGGGGAUAUUUACUAUAAGCUUAUUGGAGGGGAUGAUCUUGGAAAGUUUAUGCUUGAUGAAGCUACCGGGCAGUUGUCUAUCAAUAAGCCAUUAGAUAGAGAGUCAGUAGAUCGUUACACGCUUACAAUUAUGGCGCAUGAUGCAGGAGUAGCUACUCGUCUUUCUUCUACAACAACAAUAAGGGUUGAUGUACUGGAUGAGAACGACAAUGCACCCGUCUUUACACAAACACAAAUGAAAGUUGCAGUUUUAGAAACAGAACCUGUGAAUAAAAAAAUUAUUCAGUUUCACGCAAAUGACGCAGAUUUAGGUAUCAACAAUGAAAUACAAUUUUCUAUUACAUCAGGCAAUCGGAAAGAAACAUUUUUUAUAGACAGCUACUCUGGAGAAUUGUUUCUUCAUAAGCGUUUGGAUUACGAAGAUUUGACUACAUAUGUUUUAAAUAUCACAGCAACAGAUAAUGGUAGUCCAAGUUUAUCUUCUAGCAUUUCAUUUAUUGUAAAUGUGAUCGAUGCAAAUGAUAAUGCACCUGUAUUUACUAACACUGCUAUAGUACGUCAAAUACGAGAAGGUAUUCCGACGCAUACUCCAAUAGUUACAGUAACAGCUGAAGAUCCAGACUCUGGUUUGAAUGGGAAAGUUUAUUAUUCAAUUACGCAUCAAGACCCCAAUGAUGGCAGAAGACAUUUUGCAAUAAAUAAUGUAACUGGAGUAAUUCAUACUUUAUUACCUAUCGAUAGAGAAAAAACCGAUACAUUUAGGAUAACUGUUGUUGCUUAUGAUAGAGCUGAACCAGUUUCUUUGAGACUUUCUGCCGAAAAGCUAGUAACAGUUAUUGUUGAAGAUAUAAAUGAUAAUGCUCCAGUAUUUGUAUCAAUGAAUGCGGCUGUGAUAAAUUCAGAAAGGUUAGGUAGAAGUUUGAAUCGUGGUAUCUUCAUUAUGAAUGUUUUGGCUCGUGAUAUGGAUUCUGGAACAAACGGUCUUGUUACUUACAAACUAAUACAUGGCGGCAAUGACAUGUUCGAUUUGCAUAGAAGUAAUGGGGCAUUGAAUUUGCGCUAUCGUCCCGCUACGCCCGAUGCAAGAUGGAAUCUCGUUAUCAAAGCUACAGAUGAAGCAGUGUUAAGUGAACAAAAAAGUACGGAAACUUAUCUAACUGUAAUCAUGGGUGGAACGGAAUUAGAGGGUAUAACAUGGACAAAUGUAGGGUCUAUUUCGGUAGCUGAGAAUGAACCAGCUGGAACUGCAGUGCUAAACAUGACUAAUAGCUAUAAAGGUGGAUUAGAAUAUUACAUAGUGAAUGUGACUGGUGAUAAUAAACAAGUGGAUAGAUUGUUCGAUAUAGAUUCAUCUUUAGGCAUUUUGUCUACAGCCGUGACUUUGGAUAGGGAAACCGGAAUCGAUCGUUACGAAGUAGAAAUCUGCGCCGUUUCUACGGGGACUCCGCUGCAAUCUACUACAACAAAGGUCGAAGUGGUUAUUCUGGAUAAGAACGAUAGUCCGCCUGAGUUCAAAAACAUACCACCAGCGUAUUUUGCAUCAGAAGAUUUGGCGCCUGGACAACUGAUUGCUACGAUAACCGCAGAAGACCCUGAUACUAUUGGAACAAUAACUUACAGCAUAGAAACAGAAGAACCGACGCCUUUUGUGCUGAAUGGACAAAGCGGUCAAUUAACACUGAAAGAGCCACUCGACAGAGAAACGAUCUCAGAAUAUCAGGUGGUAAUACGAGCCAACGAUGGAAUGCAGUUUACAGAUGCUACAAUCGUUAUUCAGGUCACUGACACCAACGACAAUCCACCGAUCUUCAAAGAGAACGCUUACUCCUUCGACAUACCAGAGAAUGCUGCGAGGGGUUCUAUAGUAGGCACCGUGGCAGCCAUUGACCUCGACUCCGGGCCCAACGCCCAGCUCACCUACACCGUCAUAUCGGACUGGGCUAACGAUGUCUUCUCACUCAACCCACAAACCGGCAUCUUUACAUUGACAGCGAGACUCGACUAUGAAGAGACGCAGCACUACAUACUGGUGGCGCAAGCGCAGGACAACGGGCAUCCAUCCUUGUCCGGAACUGUCACGGUGUACAUCAACGUCAUUGAUCUGAACGACAACGCGCCCAUCUUCGACCCCAUGAGUUUCUCUAACGAGAUUUUAGAAGACGUUCCCAUUGGCUCUUCAGUUGUCACAGUUAGCGCCACUGACAUGGAUGCAGGACUGAACGGGAAAUUAAUAUAUAGCAUAACGUCUGGAGAUGAUAACAAAGACUUUAUAAUGACGGCAAACGGCACAAUUUUGACUGGAAAAAUGUUAGAUAGAGAAACGCUGCCGAUUUAUAAUUUGAUCGUCACUGCUAGAGAUUUAGCUAAACCACCAGAACCACAAUUAUCAGCCACUGUGCAGGUUACAAUUCAAUUAAAAGAUGUCAACGAUAUGGCUCCAGAAUUUGUUUCUACCAAUAUGACUACAAUUUCUGAAAAUAUUCCUCUUAACACUGUUGUAAUGACAGUAAAAGCCAUUGAUAAAGAUGAAGGCCGAAACGGAUAUGUUGAGUAUUUUAUGUCACCCAAUCCAGAAACAAAUGGUUAUUUUACUUUGGGAAAUGUUGAUGGAAUUCUACGAGCAACUGGAAAAUUGGAUAGAGAACAAAAAUCAAAUUUUACUAUAACCGUUAGUGCAAAGGAUAGGGGAGACCCUCCUAAUGUGACCAAAACUAAAAUACACAUUAAAAUAUUAGAUGAAAAUGAUAACAGCCCCGUUUUCGAUCCAAAGCAAUACAGUGCUGCUGUUCCUGAAAAUGCUAGCAUUGGUGCUAGUGUACUACAAGUAUCUGCGACAGAUGUUGAUGAAGAUGCUAAUGGAAGAGUUAGAUAUUCAAUAGCUUCUGGAGAUGAAAAUCGAGAUUUUAGUAUUAGCGAAGAUACUGGUAUUGUAAGAGUUGCAAAAAACUUGAAUUUUGAAAGAAAAUCCCGUUACAUUUUAUCUGUAAGAGCAGAAGAUUGUGCCAAAGAUGAUGUCAGAUUCGAUACAGCUGAACUAUCCAUUUCAAUUCAAGAUAUAAAUGAUAAUCCACCGACCUUUUUGGACUCUCCAUAUCUUGCAUAUGUUAUGGAAAAUGUAAUACCACCUAAUGGUGGCUACAUAUUAACUGUUCACGCUUAUGAUGCAGAUUCUCCUCCAUUUAAUAACCAAGUUCGAUAUUUUAUUAAAGAAGGUGAUGCAGAUCUAUUUAAAAUUAACGCUUCAUCUGGGCAAAUUUCGUUAUUACGAACUUUAGACCGGGAAUCUCAAGAUGAAUAUACGCUUUCUCUCGUCGCAAUGGAUACAGGUUCUCCUCCAUUAACGGGAUCUGGAACUGUGAAAAUUAUAGUUCAAGACGUGAAUGAUAAUAGUCCGGACUUCCAACGACAAAGUUACAAAACUACAGUUAAAGAAAACCUACCAAUUGAAACAUUUAUAUUGCAUGCCAAAGCUAUAGAUAAAGAUAUCGGAAAUAACGCAAAAAUAAAGUACAGUCUUCUUGGAGAUAAAUCAGAGAGAUUUCAAAUAGAUCCAGAAACAGGUAUAAUUUUAACGAAUGCUACUUUAGAUAGAGAAGAAUGGGAUAAAUAUUAUUUAAUAAUUAUGGCUCAAGACUCUUCAACUACAGAUCCACGAACUGUUACUGCUAACCUUACUAUAAUAGUAGAAGAUGAAAAUGAUAAUUCGCCGAUGUUUCCGCAAACCGUUUAUGAAGUUUAUAUUUCAGAACGUACUAUUCCAGACGAUUUUAUUUUUGGUGUGAAGGCCACGGACAACGACGUCGGACUUAAUAAAAAAAUAUUUUAUGAUUUAAAAGGUGAACAUCAAAAUCUGUUUACUAUAAAUAGAGAUACAGGAGUGAUCAAAGCAAAAGAAAAUUUAGUAAAAUAUAAAGACAAGCACAAGUCUAUAUUUAACUUAAUUAUAUUAGCCACUGACGGAGGGAUACUUCCAAGACAAAGUUCUGCUGAGCUAAUUCUUAUUCCGAAGUCAGGAAAGAACUUUCCGAAAUUUACAGUUAACAACAAACUCACUUUUACCUUUUCUGAAGAUACACCUGAAGGAGUUUUAGUAACCAGAUUAUCUGCAACCUCCCCAAAAAAUGGGCCGACAGGGUUAUUACAAUAUUCAGUCGCAGGAGGUAAUGUUGGUGAUGCAUUGAGAGUUGAACCUAUGACUGGUGAAAUUUUCAUUACUGGAAAAGGUCUAGAUUAUGAAACUAUGCCUCUUUAUGAAGUUUGGUUUGAAGUUAAAGAUUCUGAUAAUCCACCUCUAAAAUCUUUUAUUGAAAUUGAAAUCAAAGUAACUGAUGCAAAUGACAAUGCACCUAUAAUUGAAAGUGCUUUGUAUAACGCAACUGUGCCAGAAGAAGAAUCUCCACCCCAAAUGGUUAUAAAAAUUGAAGCCCAUGAUGAUGAUUCUAAUGAAAAUGGAAGAAUUUAUUUUAGACUCAUCGACGACUAUGAAGAAACAUUUGUAAUUGAUUCUGAAAGUGGAGAAAUAUUUACUAAUAUUGCUUUAGACAGGGAAUCAAUCCCAUUUUAUGAAAUUGUAGUACAAGCAGUCGAUCAUGGAGUACCUCAACUAGCAGGAACAUCAACAGUACUUGUAUCAGUUUUAGAUAAAAAUGAUAAUCCUCCAAGGUUUACUCGACUUUUUAGUGUAAAUGUAACCGAAAAUGCUGAAAUCGGAUCAUUUGUCAUAAGAGUAACUAGUUCUGACUUAGAUAUUGGUGCCAAUGCUAAUGCCACAUACAGUUUUGUUGAAAAUCCUGGUGAAAAAUUUAUUAUUGAUCCUAUAAGUGGUAAUGUUACAGUAGCUAGAUCGUUAGAUCGAGAACUACAGGAUGAAUAUGUUUUAAAAGUGGCUGCGAUUGAUGGGGCCUGGCGUUCUGAAACUCCUUUGACAAUAACUAUACAGGAUCAAAAUGAUAAUGCACCUGAAUUUGAAUACUCCUAUUAUAGUUUUAAUUUUCCUGAAUUACAAAACAAAAACAGCUUUGUUGGUCAAGUUAUCGCAACUGACAAAGAUAAACAAGGUCCUAAUUCUAUUAUUUCAUAUUCUUUACAACAGACAUCAGACCUAUUUACUAUUGAUCCUGCUACUGGUGAAAUAUUAAGCAAGUUUAAAAUGAAUUAUAAGAGAACAUCCGUUAACACAUCACCAGAAAACACGUAUUCUGUGAUUGUAGUCGCAACCGACAAUGGUAAACCACCAAUGUCUUCGGAAUGUCUUGUGACUAUAAAUGUCGUAGAUGCAAAUAACAACAAACCAAAAUUUAAAGAUCACGAGAAGUUAGUGCCUGUACCGCAAGAUGCUACACUUGGUGAAAAAAUUAUAAAACUGAUAGCCGAGGAUGCAUUUGACUUUGGUAUUAAUGCUCAAGUAGAAUACAUGGUUUCUGGAGGUAAUGGGACGACAUACUUUUCCAUUGAUAAAGUCACUGGUUGGAUUGUCGUAAGUAAGCAAUUUUAUUACACAGGACAAUACUAUGAAUUGAAAAUUAAAGCAAUUGAUCGUGGCGUUCCACCACAAAUGGAUGAAACCAGAAUAACAUUUGUAGUCACAGGGGAAAAUAUUUAUAGUCCUAGAUUUACUGCUUUGAGCUACCAAGUUAUAGUUCCAGAAAAUGAACCAGUGGGUUCAUCUAUACUUUCAUUGAAUGCUUUUGAUGAAGACGAGGGACCUAAUGGUAUAGUAAGAUAUGCAAUAAGUUCUGGCAAUGAAGAUAAAGAAUUUCAAGUCGAUUCUAUAUCAGGUACAAUAAGUAUAUCACGGCCACUAGAUUACGAUGAAACCCAAGAAUAUCGUUUAAAUAUAACUGCGAAAGAUCUAGGGUUUAAACCAAAAGAAGCUACUGCAACUGUAACCAUCAUAUUAACAGACAUUAACGAUAAUGCUCCACUUUUUAAUCAAUCAAAAUAUAUUGCUUAUUUACCUGAGAAUUUGCCAAUUAAUAGUUUUAUAUUUAAAGUUCAAGCAAUUGACAUCGACUCUCCUAAAAAUUCCAUUGUUAAAUAUCAUAUAAAUAAUGAAAUGACAACCCUUUUUUAUAUUGAUGAGAAUACGGGAAAAAUUUUCUCUAAGGAAAUAUUUGACUACGAAGAAAAGUCAGUAUAUCGGUUAGAAGUAUUAGCUGAAAAUCCAGAUUCAGUAAUGAGAAGUACUACUGAAGUCAUUAUUCAUAUUACUGGAGUAAAUGAAUACUAUCCGAAGUUUAUUCAACCCGUUUUUCAUUUUGAUGUCUCUGAAUCUGCUGACGUUGGAGCUCACGUUGGUGUAAUACAAGCUACAGACCAAGAUAGCGGUGAUGAUGGGAUAAUAUACUAUUUCUUUGUUGGUUCGAGUAAUGAUAAGGGUUUCGGAAUAAACUCACAAACGGGAGUAAUUAGAGUUGCUAGAUAUUUGGACAGAGAGACACAAAACAGGGUUGUUUUGACAGUUUUAGCUAAAAACUCAGGUGGCAUACAUGGCAAUGAUACUGAUGAAGCUCAAGUUAUUAUAUCAAUUCAAGAUGGUAAUGAUCCACCAGAAUUUUUACGACAUUAUUAUGAAGCAACAAUAUCAGAAGGAGCAAAUGUUGGCCAAAAAGUUAUUCAAGUAAAAGCCGUUGACAAAGAUGUAAGGCCACAAAACAAUCAGUUUAGUUUUUCAAUUAUAGAUGGCAACACCAACCAGAAUUUCAAAAUUGAUCCUCAAAAUGGUGAAAUUGAAGUGGCGCGUGUUCUAGAUCGAGAAACUAUCUCAACAUAUUCAUUAAUAAUAGGGGCUAUUGAUACAGGAACACCCCCACAGACGGGUACAACAACAGUUAAAAUAACUUUGACUGAUAUAAACGAUAAUGGUCCAGUUUUUGACGUAAAUAAUUUUGAUGGAUCUGUUUAUGAAAAUGAACCACCAAACACUAGUAUUACUACUCUUUCCGCUAAAGAUCCUGAUUUGCCACCGAAUGGGGCUCCAUUUUCGUAUACUAUUAUAGGUGGUAAACAUCAAAGCUAUGUUAAAGUUCAAAAACAUACUGGUAUUUUAUUAACUACCAAAAAAAUCGAUAGAGAGAUCACACCAUAUUUAGACGUCGUAAUCCAAAUUGAAGAUAGCGGUACCCCAGUAAUGCAGUCCAAUUAUACGAUUAAAAUAAAUAUAUUGGACAGAAAUGAUAACCCACCAAGUCCAAGAUCAGCUCAUGUUAUGGUACAUGCAUUCAAUGGUAAAAUACCUCCUGGAAAAAUAGCGGAUGUUAAACCUAAUGACCCCGACGUAGUGGGGGACUAUAAAUGCAAAAUUGUUAAAGAUUCUACAUCUGAAAACUCAUUAUCAUUGUUUAGUAUUAAAAAAGGAUGUGACCUUUAUACAAACUCUGUUAGACCAGGUCAAGGUUAUUCAUUUUCAGUAUCAGGUAAUGAUGGAAUUCAUAAAGAUGUUAUAUCGUCUAUAAGUGUUGAAUAUUUUUCUUUUAACAAUAAUACUGUGGAACAAUCUGUAACCAUAAGAAUUAUGAAUAUGACAUCAUCUGAUUUUCUAACAAAUUAUUAUAGAAUUGUAUUAGAAAUAAUUAAAAAUGGACUAAAGAAUAUGGAAAGUAUAUAUUUAUAUAGUAUAAAUGAAGAAAAAGAAAACAUUGAUUUAACUAUAGCAAUUAAGGAACAUAAUUCUUUUUUGAAAAAAGAUAAAAGUGAGAAGCAUUUGAAAACUAAAGAAUCUGAAAUUCGAAAAGUUUUGAAGAGACAAGUUGUCAUUCCAUAUUAUCCCUGUUCUACUCAUAAAUGUCAAAACGAAGGUAUAUGUACAGAUGCCAUAAAUGUAAUGGAAGUGACGAAAAUUACUGAAAGUUCUACUUUAAUACUUACUUCUCCUCUAGUACGUCACGAUUACGUUUGUCAUUGUAGUGAUAGAUUUAUGGGUAGCAACUGCGAAAAACGACAAGAUCCUUGUUCACCCAACCCUUGUCAAUUUGGAGGACAAUGUCGCAAGCAAGGACAUGAUUUCAUAUGCACUUGCCCUUUAAGACGAGAAGGCAAAACAUGCGAAUUAGAAAGAGAUGACGUUUGUAGUAGCAACCCAUGUAAAAACGGUGGCUCUUGUAAAGAAAGUACAGAUAGAAAUUCAUUCUUCUGCUUGUGCCGUCCUGGUUACCGAGGUAAUCAAUGUGAGGCUCUUGUAGACUCUUGCAGACCUAAUCCAUGUAUGUAUGGAGGAAUUUGUAUUAGUCUUAAACCUGGAUAUAGAUGCAGCUGUACAAAUGGUCGUUAUGGUACUCAUUGUGAAAGUUCGACGUUUGGAUUUAAUGAAUUAUCCUAUAUACAGUUUCCUGCUCUAGAUGCAUCAACAAAUGAUAUCACAAUAAUAUUUGCGACGACUAAAUCAGAUGCAUUGUUGUUGUACAAUUAUGGUGCCCAAACUGGUGGCCGAUCUGAUUUCAUUGCAAUAGAAAUACUUAGUGGAAAACCCGUUUUCUCGUUCGGAGGUGCAAGAACUUCAAUAACAUCUGUUGCUCUAAUGGAUACUGAUAAAAAUUUGUCUGACGGGAAAUGGUACAAACUAACAGCAACUAGAAAUGGACGAGUAAUAUCACUAAGUAUUGCAACUUGUACUGAUCACGGUGACAUUUGUACAGAAUGUGAACCUGGCGAUAGUUCGUGCUAUGGGGACGACACUGGUCAAGCAGGAACACUGAAUUUCAACAACGAACCUCUUCUUAUUGGUGGCUUGCAUAAAGCAGAUCCUGUAUUAGAACGUCCAGGACAAAUCCACUCCGACGACUUCGUUGGUUGUAUGCAUAGCAUUACCAUAAAUGGUCGAGUACUGAAUUUAACGAAGCCAUUACAAGCACGUGGAGUUGAACCUAACUGUGAACGAAAAGAAACGGGGCCAUGUUAUAAAGAAGAUAUUUGUGGAAUGGGCGAAUGCGUUGAUACGUGGCGAACACACUAUUGCAAAUGCGAUAACAAUAUGAUUUCACCUGACUGCUUACAUUCUUUGCAAAGUAUUUCAAUUGGUGAAAAUGGUUUCAUAUCAUACGUGAUAUCGGAAAAACAUAGAAGAAUGCAAUUACUUGAAACAUUUUAUGGGGGUAAUACAAUAUGGGGAAAGAAAGUUGGUAAAAAUGCUGGUAAGAAUAGCUUGAAAGUAAAUAACCCUGCAAAGUAUUUAUCAUUUUUCUUUAAAACUCACAGAAAAGAUGGCGUGCUCUUUUACGCUGCUACUGAAAAAUAUUAUACUCUGAUAGAACUAUUAGGAGGUAAAGUAUGUUAUACAUCAAAACAAAAUACAAUUGUAAACAUGAGCCAUACUGAACAGCCCGAUGUAUCAGAUGGAAAUUGGCACAAUGUUACCCUAUUGUCUCAUGGUAGAAGUAUAAGAUUAAUUGUAGAUGAUAAAAAUAUUGGUGAGGAGCUAGACGCUGCUGGUGUUCAUGACUUUUUGGAUCCAUACUUAACUACCUUAUCACUGGGAGGUACAAAAGCCGACUGGGUAUCAGCAUUUAAUAAAUUUGAAGGUUGUCUAGCUAAUUUUACAAUUAAUAAUGAAGUCCAACCAUUUAGUGGAAAUGGCAGCAUUUUUAAAGAAGUUAUCAAAACUGGAAAAAUUAUUGUUGGAUGUCAUAAUUCAUUUGGCAUUGGAUUGACCCAAAGUCCAGAUCCAUUGAGUAUUGGAUUAACACUUGUGAUAGUAUUUUUCAUUAUAUUAAUAGUGGCUAUAUUUGCCUCGUUCAUAGUUUUUCGUCUUCGCAAGCAAAAGAAAGAAAAAGGAAGUGUACCAGUAGGUAAAAGUAGUGUUGUUCAUACAAAGCAAAAUGGUGGUCCUGCUAUGCUGAAUGCACCAAAUCUUAUAGCAGGCACGAAUGAUAGUCUUAUGAAUAGAAAUAUUCACGGUAAUGAAACUAGUCUAAAUAACUAUAUGUCUGAAAACGCAGAUAUUAUGCGUAACGUUGGUCAUAUUGUUGGACCAGAGCUAUUAUCAAAAAAGUAUAAAGAUCGCGAGAUAAUGAAUUUGGAUGCUCCUCGACCACAGCGACCUGAUAUCAUAGAACGUGAAGUUGUUGGUAAAAGCCCUGCUCUCAGAGACGAUCACCAUCCACCACCACCUCUUUCUUCAAAUAAUUCACAUCAUAAUCAUGAUCAUCCUAGCGGAAUGGAUAUUAAUUCUGAAAUACCAGAACACUAUGAUCUUGAGAACGCAAGUUCUAUCGCACCAUCUGAUAUAGAUAUAGUUUACCAUUAUAAAGGUUUCCGUGAAGCUGCUGGUGUUAGAAAAUAUAAGGCGACACCACCACCAAUUGCAGGUUAUCAUCAUAAGCACCAAACUCCACAACACAGACAUUCACCACAUCAUCCUAGUGGAUACCCACCUAGAGUACUGUCUCAAAGUUCACAACCACCUCCACAACCUAGGCAACAUCAGACAACUCCUCUUGCUCGAUUAUCACCUAGCAGUGAACUAAGUCAGCAACCAAGAAUAUUGACUCUUCAUGAUAUAUCUGGCAAACCACUUCAAAGUGCAUUAUUGGCAACGACUUCAAGUUCAGGGGGAGUUGGUAAAGAUGCUUUGCACAGCAAUAGUGAACGAAGUUUAAAUAGCCCAGUAAUGUCCCAACUAAGUGGACAAAGCUCUUCUGCUGGUAGGAAAACUCCUAGUGCUACAGCCCAAGUUCCUCAAGUAGUUUCAGUAGGCACCGGUGCAGUUGGCCUUACAGCUGAAGAAAUCGAAAGAAUGAAUGCUAGACAACGAACUUCAAGCCUAGUAUCUACACUUGAUGCUGUGUCUAGCUCUAGCGAAGCACCACGCGGAGGAGGCGUUGGUCAUCAUAUAAUGUCACACAGACAUCAUUCCCAACCUGUAGAUAAUAGAAGCUCCACUGGCUCAGAUGAUGAAAGUGGAAACGAUAGCUUUACUUGUUCUGAAAUAGAAUAUGAUAAUAAUAGCAUAAGUGCUGAUAAACCAGAUGACGUAAGAAGGCCGAAUGUAAAUAACGGUAACAAUAGUAAAAAGCCUAUCUUACCACCUCCAUACGAAAGUUUCGAUUCUUCGUUUAGAGGAUCUUUGAGUACGUUGGUUGCAUCAGACGAUGACUUAGCCCCACACGUAGGUUCGGCACUUUAUAGACAGACAAAUGGAUCACCAGCACCAGCAACUCUCGGUUGGGACUACUUACUGAAUUGGGGUCCUAACUUUGAAAGUAUGAUUGGCGUUUUCAAAGACAUUGCUGAGUUGCCAGACUCAGUAAAUGGUCGGAUGUCUUCUUCAUUAAGACUGCCAAAUGGAACACCUAAGCCAUCCGAAGAAUAUGUAUGAAUCUAUAGCAAUCAAUUAGGCUCAUUUACACAAUGUACAUAUAUGUUAUGGUUUUAAAUAUAAGUAGGUUUACAAAUUACUGUUGUACAAAUUUGUUGGGAUCUUGUAUCAAGGUCUUUUAGGUUCAUUUUUCUUGCCAUAUCUUGUUGAAAUGUAAUUAAAUCUAUGUUUAUGAUCUAAUUUUUGAUGAACCUCAUUGUAAAUGUCAAGUAGUUUAUAAUAAAAAUGAUGUACAUAUAUUUUAUAGACAUUUAGAAUAUUUUUUGUAUAAAUAAUGCAUUGAGAAAGACUUAUUUUUCGAAAUUAUACUAUGAACUAAAUUAAAAGUAAAUUUGGAACUGUUUGAAUGACUGUAUUAUAAGAAUCAUGAAAAAUAGGGCACAAAAUUAAAGAAAAUUAAGGAUGAAACGAAUUAUAUAUUAUCAUUCAAAAGCUUUAAAUGUAGUUUUACAUUUACGAUUAUGUAUACACAGAGCUCUAUUGUAUUGUAGGUGCUUUAAUGCAGUUUUGUAUGAGCCAUAUUAAUUAGUGAAUAACGUGCCAAAUGCGUCUUCUCAUCAAACGAAAUGACUGAUUUACUUAUACUUACUGAAACUUUUGUGAAUAAUAAAAUCAAUGAAAUUA